AUGUCUCAAGACUCAGCAGAAGUAACCUGCUCCAAGAAAUUGCUAUCUGAAGUCUUGGAUGCUCUUAACGACUGCACUGUGCUUAAGGAUUGCGAUACGCAUGAUGCAAAAGUGAUUUCUGAGUACAAAAAUUUCAAGCCUGCGAGGAGCUUAGAAUUGCUAAUCGAACGAUUUUCCUCUGGAGGGGACGCUCCGUCACCAACAACUUUCAUUGACGAUAUGAAAACCUUGAUUUAUUGGAGUAAGACUGUCGAAGAAUUGAAAAAAAAUAUUGAGCAGUUAAAUCAAGAGUAUAGUAAAAAACCCUUCAUUUAUUGGCUUAGCACAUUGAUAUGGGAGACAGAACGUGAAAAGAGGAACCGAAAGAACAUAAAACGACAUUUGACGGUUCUAAAAAAGGUCCGUCCUCUUGAGAAGAAGUAUAAUAUUAAAACAUCAGGCACUGCAACCGAGGUUAUAACCUAUUCGCGGCUGCGAUUUUUAUUUCCUAAUUUAUUAGGCUUAACGUCGAAUGGAACUUACGGUGAAAACAAUUUCAUUCCCCAAAUGUUUGGCGCUCCUGAAUUCGGCGGACUGAUACCUGCCAAACACUUUAAAGCUAAAGAUGCGAUCAUCGCGCUUCACCUUUGCUGCUUACGGCUCUUGGAUCCGAAAACCGCUCUUUACCUUCACCAUCUAUUCUUAAGGAAGCGAAUUGACGAGGGAUUACUUUCGGACGAGAAAAGGUUCAAUUUUCUUUUGGCGCAAGGAAUAUUACAGCCGGAUGGUGACAUGACCGGAAAAUUUCGUAUUGUACACGAGACCAGGUGCAGACUCUACGGUAACAUCGAUGCUGAAAUCGCUGAGGUUGAAAAAAUAAAUGGAUUUAGUUUAGCUCAAAACCAUCAAGAACAGCACGUGUUUGCUUCAGCAACAGCGCCAGACGGGCCCGAAAAAACGGCCUAUGAGUACUGGGAGUCCUGGCGUGCCAACUUACCAUCCGAGUCCUUGCGAGCCAACUUACCAUCCUUCACGGUAACGAACAAGAUUGACUGGGUCGAGUGACAUUGGACUACAGUUUCUUCUAGACUGCGCUUCAGGCUGAGGUGCAAUUAAAACUCUAAAAUGUACAAGAUUCUACCGACUUUUAAAAAUAACCCCCCCCCCCACCUCCACGAACUCACCCCAAAAAAUAGGCGCACAUUAUGCAUUCCGAAAAAAAAAAUAAGAACGAAUUUGUUCAAAGUUUAUUCAGAAUAUGCAUAUUCUGAACAAAAAAUACAUGUCUUUCAACCGUU